AUGUCGCUCAAGGUCCCAAAGGCGAACAAUCUGCAGCUGUUCAAGGAGGGCUACAAACAUCUCCAAGGCAUCGAAGAUGCUGUGCUACGGAACAUUCAGGCUGUAGCUGAGCUCUCUGAUCUCGUGCGCACGAGCUUUGGCCGAAACAAGCUGAUCAUCAAUCACCUUGGGAAUCUAUUCGUGACCUCGGAUGCUGCUAUCAUUAUUCGCGAGAUUGAAGUGGUUCAUCCGGCUGCAAAAUUAUUGGUCAUGGCAAGUCAAGCACAGGAAAAUGAGAUGGGAGACGCGACCAAUCUUGUGCUCAUCUUCGGUGGCGAGCUACUAAAAAAGGCUGAGAAUCUCAUCGUAAUGGGACUCCAUCCAAACGACGUGAUUCAAGGAUAUGAGAUGGCAUGUGCCAAGGCUCUGGCUGAACUCGAACAUCUGUCCACUUCUUCAUUACCAUCACCACCCACAACUUCUGCUCUUCAACGUGCCAUCAGACCUGUAAUCUCGUCAAAGCAGUACGGUAAUGAGGACGCCCUCAGCAAACUUGUCGCCGAGGCAGCGACGAUUGUAAUGCCGUCACAGUCCUCCAGCUUUAAUGUCGACAACGUCCGGGUGGUCAAGAUCCUGGGUGGCAGCUUUGCUGGGAGCACCGUCGUCCACGGGAUGGUAUUCAAUCGUGAACCAGAAGGUGUGGUGAAAAAGGUCCUCAAGGGCAAAGUCGCCGUCUUCACGUCUGGAGUCGACAUCGCUCAGACAGAGACAAAAGGAACCGUUCUUCUCAAAAGCGCAGAAGAGAUGCUCAACUUUACCACUGGUGAGGAGAAGCACCUCGAAAAGAUCAUCAAAGAACUAGCAGAUGCUGGAGUCAAAGUCGUCAUUGCUGGAGCUCAAGUCGGAGAGCUCGCAUUGCACUAUCUCGACCGCAUGGGAAUCGCCGUCCUCAAAGUCCUCUCCAAGUUUGACCUCCGAAGGUUAUGUCGUGUCGUGAAUGCCACCCCUCUUGCUCGACUCGGUGCGCCAACUCCAGAGGAGAUGGGCUGGGUAGAUGUGAUGGAGACUCGUGAGAUUGGUGGUGACAGAGUCACCGUAUUACGACAAGAACACAGCGCAGAGGGUGUCGCUGGUGAGAAGAGCAAGAUGGCGACUAUUGUUCUGCGCGGUGCAACGCAAAACUUCCUCGAUGAUCUACAGCGUGCCGUCGAUGACGGUGUCGCGGUUCUAAAGGCAUUGCUCAAGGAUGGACGAUUGGUGCCUGGUGCGGGCUCGACGGAGAUUGAGCUCAGUCGACGAGUGGAGAAGUAUGGAAGUGCGCUGAAAGGCUUGCAGCAACAUAGCGUCAAGCGCUUUGCCGAGGCACUCGAGGUUGUACCGUUGAUGCUCGCAGAGAAUGCAGGUCUAGGCAAAGGAGAAGGUGGCGCGCAUGAAGUUGUGGGCACCUUGUUCAGGAAAUUGGAGGAAGGAGAGGGACAUGGUCAUGCUGAAGGACGACAUCAUGGGCACCAUGGUCAGUCAGAUAAGGAGAAGAAGGCAGCAGCGGCGAAAGAAAACUGGAAGGCUCGUGCUUGGGGUGUCGAUAUCGAAGGCGAGGGAGACAAUACUCUUCUCACCACUUCACCCGCUCACCUCAUUCUCGACUCUCUCGCAGCCAAGUCGUGGGCUAUCCGUCAGGCGACCGAGGCAGCCGUGAGCGUUCUUCGCGUUGAUAGCAUCAUUAUGUCAAAACCCGCGGGUGGCCCGAAAAUACCGCAGCAAAGCGGCAAUUGGGAUGAAGACUAA